GCCGCCUGCAAGCUCGGAGGGACAGUGUUGGGUUAAUAGUGUCGAACGUGUUUGAGGCAUUAUCGCUGUCACCAAGGUAACCGGCAAAGAGGUCGGGAGGCGUUUGGAAAUCGGCAGUUUUUAUGGAUCAGGAGGUGGAGGUGGAGGUGGAUAAGCAGCGAGCGGCUGGACGCUCGGGCUCGGAACUAGUGAUCAGGCCUGAUGGAGGGAGCGGGAGCCCGGGCUCGGGGCCAUUGGUCGGGCCUGCCGGAGGGAGCGGGAGCCCGGGCUCGGAGACGGAGCCAGUGCAGAGCUGGGUGAUGCAAGAGAGUGCACAGGAACUGGCGGCGUCUCUGGGAGCUGAUCCCUGUCCGGAGGCCAAGAAACUUGAUGAGAGCAUUGAAGAAAUGUUAAUCAGACUGGAUGAAUUUUGUGCAAUGCUUGAGAUGAUUCGAAGUGAUUCAUCGCAAAUUCUGGAUGAAAAUGUUCCUCAACUAAAGGUCAAGGCAUUGGAAAUGAAGAAGGUGUAUGCAAAGAUUGACAAGAUGGAGACUUUUGUGAAGAUGGUUGGACAGAAUGCAGCUACACUUGAGCAACAAGUGAUCCAGGCAGAAAAGGACUGUGGAAACUUGCCUCAUGCUGUUCGUAGAUUUCUACAUUCAAUUAGUGCACCUUCAUUUCUAAAUAAGAAAUGCAGCUCACCUAAACAACAGAACACAACGUAUGAGCUACCCAGUCUGUACAGAACUGAGGCUUAUUUUCCUGAGAGUUCUAAUGGGACUUACUUCAGCAAACCAAAAACUUGAUUGUAAUAAUGCUUCCCACAAGCUAGGACACUAUUCAUCAAAAAUAUGCCAUUUGCAUUUGCACAAAGAACAAAACUGAGAAUAUUACUGCAAGUCUUCUACAGUUUGUUUCAUCAUCUAGUUCAGUAUGGAUGAAAGGUGGUAUGUGUGUUUUUAAUUUUAUGGAGAUAUUUUCCAUGAAACAUAACAUUACUAAGACAAACAGAUUUAAAUACUGUAAUAUUCAAUUUUUGGCAUACUCUAGUACUGAAAGGUUCCAAAACGUGUAUUUGGCAGUUGUCGCCAUCUGCCAGUGCUGUAUGUUAUACAGAACCUUAGUCAGAUACCAUAAUACAUAUCCAAGUCACAGAUCAGUAAGGCUGGGACUUUACACACAGCUUAGAUGUCUGGGUGUGUUUUCCCCACUUGUGCCCAGCUACCAUAUAAUAGUGGGUGGGCCAUUAAGUAAUUCAAGUAGAGAUUUCCAUCUUCAGCUGGAUGGAAGUUCUACUCUGAGUACUUCUGGUAGGUCAAGUGGCUGGCAACUCUCUGGUCGCAGCAAUGCCGCUCACAUCUGGGGCGGCACGUUGGCUCAGUGGUUAGCACUGCUGCCACAGCGCCAGGGACCUGGGUUUAGUUCCACCCUGUCUGUGCGGAGUUUGCACAUUCUCCCCGUGUCUGCGUGGAUUUCCUCCGGGUGCUCCGGUUUCCUCCCACAGUCCAAAGAUGUGCAGGCUAAGUGGAUUGGCCAUGUUAAAUUGUCCCAUAGUGUCCAGGGAUGUGUAGGUUAGGUGGGUUAUAGGGGAUGGGUCUGUGUGUGUGCUUCGAGAGUCGGUGUGGACUUGUUGGGCCAAAGGGCCUGUUUCCACACUGUAGGGAUUCUAUGAUUCUAUCUGAGAUCACAGCUGAAACUUCAACCAGUCAGUGCUGGAGCUGCAGUUAAGUAGGGAAGGUAUUGCUGGUGAAAUGUGUGAAGGGCAGGGGUGAAAUGGCACUAGAGGAACCAGAAGGUGGAUUGUGUGGAAUGGGUGGGGACCUGUAAAUGUGAUACCCAACUGCCAGCUGUCCCUUGCUCACAGACAUGAGAAGUGAAAGUUUCUGGGCCUUUCACUUGACAUGAUUCUCUGACUGCCACAGAAAAACUUGUGGCUAGGGCAGGGGUUCGCUCUUGAAUCACCACAGCAGGAGAGGUGCUCAAUUUUAUACCCUCUGCCUGUCUCCAAUCCACUCAGGUGGGAGCACAGAAUUUAGCCACAGGCUUCAUCAUGGUAUUUCUUUUGUCUUUUAACUUCCUCAAUAAUGCAAGGAACACAGAUUAAAUUAGCAUACAAUGAAUCUGCAAGGGCAUAUUUGAAUCCAGAAAUAAAAUCUAUAUGUGUCGUUCUUAAUUGUGUGAAAGGAAGUACCUUGAAAAUCAAGUAUUCAUUGGUAUGUAAACCCAAUUUAAGCUUGACACAUUCUGCAAAACCUCUAAUAAAGCAUCUUGAUUUCAAAUUCCUGAUGUACCCAUAACACUUAAGUUUAUAACCUUGAUUUGAGAAUAAAAUAAUCAUUAAUCAAUAUGGAUGAACAAUGUAGCACAAGAACACUUUGCCUGCCAUGAAGAGAAGAUUUGUAAUUUUGCUUUCCAGUAAAGUUCUCAAAUCUAAUGUCUUUUGUUUUUUUCCAAAAAACUUGUUCACUGUCAUAGGAUAUAAAGCUGAAUCACCCUAAUGACUGUGGUAAAACCAAAAUGUGAAUAUGGUAGAGGAAAAGAAAUCAGAGUAAAAAAAAUAGAGAAAAUGAAGUACUGUGUAGAGAGAAUACAUUCGUUAAGAGUGUCAUGGAGUCAAGAUGCAGAUGGCUACACAGGUUGUGCAGACUUUGCUCAUAUUGAUAUUCAAACAAUUCACAUCCAACUAUUUCAGCAAAGUUCUAUGUGUCAGAAAAAAUAAAAUAACUUCUUUCCCUUUUUUCCAUGGUGGUUUGUAUUGUCCAACAGAAGCAAUAUGAUUGCUCCAAAUUUUCACGAUUGAAUUGUAAUAAAAAGAACAGCUGACUUACAUCAUUACAAUGAUGGACAAGAAAUAUCUGUUUAAAACACACUUCCUGUCAACUAACUGCAUUAUAAUUCUCAGUGAUGUAGAAGCAAAGAAAAGCCCUUCUGCCCAUCAAGUUUUGCAGCCAUGGGCAGAAAUUUGGCAAGUUAUAAUACAAUUGACAGACGUACAGACUCCAAUGAAACUACAAUGGAAAUGCUUUCAAAGGUUAGUUGAGUAUAUUUGGUACAAGAGAUAAAUAAUGAAUACAUUUUUAAUGAACAGAUUUACAUUCUAAAAAUAAAGCUAUGUUCCAUGUUUGCAUAAAUUCAUCUAGAAUCAAACUUCAUUUAUCAGCUGCUCUCAGGGAUGUAGGGUAUCCAACCCAUGGAAAAUCUGUCUGUGUUAGCCAACAUGACCAAAUUUGACUCCAACUACUUUAGAGACAAUGUCGUUGUCACAAAAUGUACCAUUUAAAAACUGACAAGUUGCUCAAGAUUUGCACUUGAGAUUCACGCAGUUGCAAUAAUUUAUUUUCUAUGUAGUAUGUAUAAAAUGUUGGCAGCGAUAUACUUAAAAAUGUAGUUUAUUAUUUCACAUAGUUUUGCAGAGCAAACAUAUUUUGUACUGAAACGUUUCACAUCAUUGUUCAGUAUAAGUGACCUUGUUAUCUAUGCAAGCUAACCCUUCCAUAACGCUAAUAAUUGGCAGAAUACUUGUUUAUUUGUAUAGAAUACAAAAUAACACAGCCAGAAUUGAAGUACAGACAUAUAUUGAGCAUUGCUUCUUCUUGUAGUACCAGGAUACAACUACCAGAUAUUCAGCAUGGGAAAAUUGCUGGAUUUCAUAUUGAAAUUGGGUAUUGCAUAUUGCUUAAAGGUGAUUAUGUAAAUCAAUGAAUUUCAGUAGCUAAAAACGCCUAUGUUGCUAAUUUCAUUUCUGACAAAUAUGUAGAUUGGAUAACAUUCUAUUAUUGUGUUUUAGAUGUAAAUCUUUACUAUAUAAAGCUAAAACACUAAACUAUAAUAUAAAAGUGUUAUAAUCUUUA